AUGGUGCGGUCGCUCCCUCUGCGCAGCGGCUUCUUCAAGUCGCCCGAUCUCUCGGACACGGAGCAAUCGGAGCUCCUCGUCUGGGCCCGUUCGCUCGUGCCGGACCUCGUACGGCAGCCAGACGUCGAGUGGACCAUGAUCUACGAGCGCAAGGGCGUGCAAUUAUGUGAAGACCGGCAGAAAGGCGGACUCACGUACUCGAUCCGAGCGGUCACGACCGUCCGGGCGACGCUCGACGACGUCAUGGACAUUUUCCUCGCGCCCUCGACGCUCGACUACCGCUCGCUCAUGCAGUUGCAGCUGCGCGAGUUCUUUGCCGACGCGGCCGUGCUGUUCCACAAGGACCAGAACGACUCCGAGUCGUUAAGUAUCAAGUGGACGGCCGCACGGACCAAGAAAAGUGUCCCGAGUCUCGGCGGCCAAGUCGGAGUGGACUUUUGCUUCCUCGAAUACGCGGGAGUCGUGUCGUCGGAGUUUCUGGAGGGAAAAGCCGGCUAUUUGCGGCCGAGUACGGGCUUUAGUGACAUGUCACUCUCGUCGUCGUCCGGCCAGACCAAGUCGACGUCGGUUGGCGUCUGUCUUUACGAAUCCAUUGACCAAGCCGAGUGCCCUUUGCUCUAUGACUCCCACCGACUGGAACGAGCUUCUGUGUCCAUGUGUGGCUUUAUCUUUCGUCCCCAUGUGGAAGAUGGCGUGGUGGAAGCCACGUUUGUAUGCAGCAUCCGGCAACCGCCAGGAGUUCGAGCCAAGCGACGCUGGAAUCGGGCGCUCUUGGCUCAUUGGGCAGAGUCGGUGAGCGGCAUUGAAGAAGCCAUUAGCCGUCGACGGAUCUCCAAGGAAUUGACGAAACGACGCGUGCCGACGUGGGUCAAUGACAAGGACCGCGCGUGCUGUCAUUUGUGUCUCAAGACCUUUACCAACACCCGACGGAAACAUCACUGUCGAGCUUGUGGCGAGAUUAUUUGUCGCGUGUGUUCCGUCUACAAGAGCGUGAACUUGCAGUCGGUUGGGCUCACCACUCUUCGAGUGUGUAAAGCUUGUAUGGACGGCACGUCGACAAUUGCUACUGGACUGGAGAAAGAAGAGGAGACAGCAAAUGGAGACACUGGAGCUACAGGAACUGGCACGGUUUCUGCUGCUGUCAAUAGAAUGUCGGCUGAAGGCGUGAUGAUUCCAAAGGGUGUAGACACUACGGUCUUGCGGGAUGCAGUGGAAGAGUAUGCCUUGGCGCUACCAGGUGCUCAAGUAUCGACAGUGCCGGAUCUCGUUGGGAUCGCUUGGCUGCAGCAGCUUGCAGCUCGGGAUGAAGAGAGCAAGGCUAUGGUGAAUGCGUUGAUGGAGCGAGUACGCGUCGAUGUUCAGGAGAAAGGUGUGGGUGGAAAUACUGAAGAGCAGGUGGACAUUUACGACACGCUUUGUGAUCUAGCGGCUCAGACACUGGCUUGCAAAUACGCUGUCGUUAGUCUCGUUGACGAGAACCGCCAGUGGUUCAAGAGUGCGGUGAACGUCAAAGAGUCUGAGGUGCCGCGUGACUUUAGCUUUUGUGAGUACCCGGUUCGUGAUCAGCGACCGCUUGUGGUCAUGGACACAUUGCGAGACCCACGGUUCAGGUCCAACCCGUUCGUGACCGGGCCGCUUGGUGUGCGGUUCUUGGCUGGGGCGCCCCUUUUUACGGUGGACAACGAGUGCGUUGGUGCAGUGUGCGUGUUGGACACAGCACCUCGUGAAUCGCUGCAGGAGUCGCAGAUCGCGACGAUGCAGAACUUGGCACACUUGGCAAUGGUCAUGGUGCAGGAGCGACGGGAGGCACAGAAUAAGGUUGCGCGUGCCAUGGCGUCGUCUCAGCUGGUACCAACACGUCAGCAUGGCGGGCAAACUUCUAACAGGGUCGAAUCUUCGGAUCUCGUGCCGCUGAGUAGCUACUCGGAGACAUCUAUGGUUGUUCAAGGUCACGAACGACAGAAGGAAGAUAUGGUGUUGAAGGAGCAGAUGAUUCAGUUGCUGCGCAAGGCGUCACAGGUGCGCGAUCAGGUGAAUUUGCAGACACACAAACAGCAAGCAGGGCUUCAGAGCUCUGCUGAAUAG